UCCGGGUGCGAGGCCCGCGGCUGAGGUGGCGGUUCGAGAGAGCCCAGGGAGAGGUCGCUGCACUGCUGCUACCGCUGCAAAAGCCGGGGACCGAGAGCUGCAAUGUUCCGAAUCGAGGGCCUCGUCUGGAAGCUGGACCCGGAGGAGAUGAAACGCAAGAUGCUCAAGGAUGUCCUCUCCUCUAUACGCAACUUCCUCAUCUACGUGGCCCUGCUGCGAGUCACUCCUUUUAUCUUAAAGAAGUUGGACAGCAUAUGAGGAUGGAGCGUCACACUCAGCUGCAUGGGAUGAACCUGGAUGCAGUUUCUACUCCUCUGCAAGUGAAUAGGCCUGGAAAAGUGCAUGAGGCUCUGACUGAAUGCACAUACAAACUCGGCUUGUUGAACACAAGCCUAGCCCUGGUAACUGACCUUCACAGCUAAACUGUAAAACUCUAGGAAUAAUGAAGAGACUGUGGUCCUGGU